ACCAUCUAAAUUAACACAAGCAGUCAAACGCAUGCACACACAAGGUUGUUGUUAGCAAUUUUCUGCUGCUGCUAUACAUACACGAGCUGCGCGCGAUGGCCGCCCUGGCAGCUGCACUUGUUGCGCUCCUCGCCGUGCUUGCUGUCGCGCAUCCUGUCGCCGUCGCACAAUCGGUGGCGAACCGCACCUCCGCCGUCCGCCAGCUCCGCGGUAGCUCCAGCGAAGGCGGUUGGCUGGCGGCCAAGGCCACCUGGUAUGGCGCGCCCAACGGCGCCGGCCCCGACGACAACGGCGGCGCGUGCGGGUUCAAGAACACCAACCGGUACCCGUUCAUGUCCAUGACGUCGUGCGGCAACCAGCCCCUGUUCCAGGACGGCCAGGGCUGCGGCGCAUGCUACCAGGUAAGGUGCACCGCCAAGAACAACCCGGCCUGCUCCGGCGAGGUCAGGACGGUGAUGAUCACGGACAAGAACUACUACCCGGUGGCCAAGUACCACUUCGACCUCAGCGGCACGGCGUUCGGCUCCAUGGCGAGGCCCGGUCUCAACGACAGGCUCCGCCACGCCGGCAUCAUCGACAUCCAGUUCAGGAGGGUGGCCUGCAACCACCCGGGGCUGACCCUCAACUUCCACGUGGAGGCGGGCUCCAACCCUAACUACCUGGCGGUGCUGGUGGAGUACGCCAACAAGGCCGGCACCGUGGCGCAGAUGGACGCGAUGGAGUCCAGCUCGGGCCACUGGAUGCCUAUGCGCCGCUCGUGGGGGUCCGUUUGGCGGCUGGACUCUGCCCGCCCGCUCAAGGGCCCCUUCUCCAUGCGCGUCCGCAGCGAGUCCGGCGGGACGCUGGUGGCCAACAAUAUUAUUCCGGCAAACUGGAGGCCCAACACCGACUACCGCUCCAACGUCCAGUUCACUUGACCGCGUAAUUUAAUCUCAGGACAUGUUUAGAAGCAACUUAGUUUUUAAAAAAUCAGUUUUUAUUUUUCUUAGCUAAGAGAGAUCAGCUUCUUAGUUUUUAAGAAACUGUGAAUCCAAUUUUUAUAAACUGAGACAUAAACUGAUAUGUUUGGAACAUUUCUAUAAAUUAGUUUCUUAAAAAUUGGAUGGUUUCAAAUAAGCCCUUAAUCAGUCACUGCUAUAGUUCUCAUAUGUAACGUGAUUACGCCUAUUUAUAAGGGGUUUUUUGUGUGAUUA